GGUUUACUGGUGCCCAUAGAUGAAGCGAAUGACACAAGGACAGAUGGACCAAAUGAACAAAACAACAUGGGGACACAAGGACAGAUGGAUCGAAUGACACAAGGACAGGUGGACCAAAUGAACAAAACAACAUGGGGACACAAGGACAGAUGGAUCGAAUGACACAAGGACAGGUGGACCAAAUGAACAAAACAACAUGGGGACACAAGGACAGAUGGAUCGAAUGACACAAGGACAGGUGGACCAAAUGAACCUAACAGAAUGGGGACAGACAGACAGAUUGACACAAGGACAGAUGGACUGAAUGAUAAUGGGACAGAUUGAGAGAGUGACACAAAUGGACCGAAUGAACAAAACAGCAUAGGGACUAAUGGGAAGAAUGACAUGGGUACAGUUCGAGAGAACAACAUAGGGUCAGGCGAAGAGAAUGACAUUGAGACAGAUGCACAAAUGAACAUUGGAAGGGGAGGACAGAAUGACAUGGGAGAAGAUGGCCAAAGUUAUACUGGGCCAGUAAUACAGAACAACAGGGGUACAGCAGAACAGAACAACAUGGAGAUAGACAAAGUGAAUGAGUUGGAGACAGAUGGACAGAACAAAAAGCAGAAUGAGAUCUCAAAUUUGAGAACAAACACACGAAUUAAACGGGAAUACACCAUUUAUGGGAGUUCAGACACACAGUGGUAUGAAGGCACAAUAACCACACGGAAAAAGAAGUGCAUAAUUGGAUUGGAUAAUGGUGACGAGACAUCAAUGACCCUCAAACACGCAAAUUAUUGCCUAAAGCAAAAUAAUUUGGUUAUAAUAGACUGA